UGCUGUCUGUGUCUCAGUUCGUGCUUAGUUGGGAGCGAUAAACGGUGUACAAGAAAAGAUAGGUCAGACACAUUGCCCCUGUUUCCCCCCCCAUCCAAGCCAAUUUUGAGGCCGGAGGACAGUAUGGAGAAUCACACAGAAACCAGUAAGCUGAAUGGUCGUGACACUUCUCCCAGUCAGCCUGAGCCAACCCUGGGCUCUCCGGAACCGAAAGAAAGCAUGCAGCUGAAGAAGGAGAUCUCACUGCUCAAUGGCAUCAGUCUCAUUGUGGGAAACAUGAUCGGCUCAGGAAUCUUUGUCUCACCAAAAGGUGUACUUAUAUAUAGCGCCUCCUAUGGCCUAUCACUGGUUAUCUGGGCCAUAGGGGGUGUAUUCUCUGUAGUGGGUGCACUCUGUUAUGCUGAGCUGGGAACUACCAUAACCAAGUCAGGUGCCAGUUAUGCUUACAUACUGGAGUCCUUCGGAGGUUUCAUUGCUUUUAUCCGUUUGUGGACAUCACUGCUCAUCAUUGAGCCUACAAGCCAGGCGGUCAUUGCCAUCACCUUUGCCAACUACCUGGUGCAGCCGCUUUUCCCCACCUGUGAGCCCCCGUACUCUGCAUCCCGCCUCAUCGCAGCUGCCUGCAUAUGUCUCCUGACGUUUAUAAACUCUGCUUAUGUGAAGUGGGGCACGAGGGUUCAGGAUGUCUUCACGUACGCCAAGGUUGCCGCACUGAUAGUCAUCAUCAUCACAGGGAUCGUCAGACUGUGCCAGGGCAGUACAGGGAACUUCGAGGCUUCUUUCCAAGGUUCAUCUACAAACCCUGGGGACAUUGCCUUGGCUCUGUAUUCUGCCCUGUUCUCUUAUUCAGGCUGGGACACGCUUAACUUUGUCACAGAGGAGAUAAAGAACCCGGAGAGGAACCUGCCAUUGUCCAUUGCUAUUUCCAUGCCUGUCGUCACAGUGAUCUACAUUCUUACUAAUGUGGCUUAUUAUGCAGUACUGGACAUGAGUGCCAUUCUGGCCAGUGACGCCGUGGCUGUGACGUUUGCGGACCACACCCUAGGAGUGAUGAGUUGGACCAUUCCAAUUGCUGUAGCAUUGUCCUGCUAUGGUGGACUCAAUGCUUCUAUUAUCGCUGCAUCCAGACUGUUCUUUGUGGGUUCCCGGGAAGGUCACCUCCCAGAUGCCUUGUCCAUGAUACACGUUCAGAGAUUCACACCGAUCCCUGCUCUGCUCUUCAAUUGUGUGAUGGCAUUGAUAUAUCUGACCGUAGAGGACGUCUUCCAACUGAUCAACUACUACAGCUUCAGCUACUGGUUCUUUGUAGGCCUGUCUAUUGCUGGUCAGAUCUAUCUUCGUUGGAAAGAGCCGGACAGACCCAGACCACUGAAGUUGUCUCUGCUGUAUCCCAUUAUCUUUUGCAUGUGCACUGUUUUUCUGGUGGCUGUGCCACUUUACAGUGACACACUGAACUCCCUCAUUGGCAUUGCCAUUGCUCUCUCUGGCGUGCCAGUUUACUUCCUGGGAAUCUACCUGCCUGAAUCAAAUCGCCCUCCUUUUAUCACCAAACUACUGCGUGCAAUUACACAUUUCACACAAUUCACAUGUUUCUGCGUUCUCACCGAAUUGGACAAGAGUGAAUAAUCUCCAUUUCACCAAGUUUUCACACGUUCACCUGACAGCAUAUGUAACUACACAGCUGGAGGACAAGGGGGUUGGAAAGAGAGACCUCUAUGCCAUGGAAUUAAGGGAACCCUUGCACAUCCCUCAAACCUCUCUCUCUCACACACAAGCACACACACGCAAACACAUUUACACAAGCACAUAUGAGAGUCGUCAUUAUUGGUUUUGACAUGGAAAGCUAUCAUGAAUUCUGUUGUUGUGCACAGAAUAUCUCGGUUUGUGUUCCCAUUUCAGGAAUCUGUUUCCACACACACUCAUCUGGGCUCCUCAGGGAUGUGGUAUAGCAGAAGGGCAAGGGCGCAUGCUACGUGUUCUUUCUUUUCUUUUUUUUUUUUUUUUCU